AUGGAUAUGUGCUUGAAAAUAUUUGGAGACAGAGAACUGUGUUUGGGGGUUUUUGUUUGCACAGCUUUUAUUGGCAUAUGCUUUGCUGGGUAUGUGUUUUCCACUUUGGUUUUUGAAAGAGAGGACGGAAACUACAUUUCUAUUGAAGGCACCGCGCAGCCAAAGAGCGGCGCUGAAGGGAAAAAUGGCUGUGCGCACAGCGUGAAGGCGUGCAGAAGUGCGCUUGCUGAAAGCGAGCGUGGAUUUCUAGAAGAGUCAACCUCUGGCUUGGGCGAGCCAGGCAUUGGCUGCAGUCUGGAAGAGGCAGAAGCAAUGAAAGGCUGCGGAGCAUCCACAGAAAGAGAAAAAACACCAUGCAUUGGCGAGUAUUUAACUCCUUCCGCUGCUGCUGAAAGCACCUGUCCGCCUGCAGAUACUGCUCCUGUGGUUUCGGAUCUGCAGCACACUGCGUUUUUCUGCGACCACUACGGCUCCAAUGAUUUUCUCAAGCACAAGCUUGAGAAGACACCCGCUGACUCUCGCGCGUGCGGAGAGCUUCUCCCCAGCGCUUUCAUGGAAGAGACGGCCCCGCCCAAGGGUGCCGAGUGCUGCAUAAAGCCCCUCUACCAAUCUGAAAAAGGCCUGUGCUCAACAGCUGAAAAAGCACCCAUACUGGAAAGCGAAUUCUAUAUGUUGAAAAAAAACAAAGAUCGCCAUACUUACAUCCAGAAGAACUUUUGGGGGUCAAAAACAGAUUUUAUGAGCUUUGUUUUUGGGUUAGGAGAAGGAGUCAACGCCAAGAAAGAGGCACUGCGUGACAUAGCGGACCACCCCGAGUGGUACAAUUUUUUGGACGAAUUCAAAGUAAAGUAUCGCCCCCUGGUUUCGCAGAUGCUGUGCUUUAUCGAAGAGCACUCGCCGCCUGAGUUCGAUCUUGAAUGCUUUGACUUUGCUGCCGGAUGCCUAACCUCUCCUUUUUCGCCAAGCGGGAAGGUUUUUUUGUCUUUGGACAGCUACUUUCUUGAAGAAGAAAGGGUCAGAGGGCUGGCGGCUUGGGAGUGCCUAGAGCUGGACGAAAAAAUGCGCAGCUUUUCUCUGGCGCUGCAGUGUUUAUUCAAAGUGCCCGAGGUGUUCAGAGACGUGCUGCGCCUGGGCCAGAACAAGGUUUUUGAGCGCAUACAAAGCGGGGUUGAGGCUCCUGCCAGCAAGAAAAAUCUAAGCGAAUGCGCACGGCCUGGGCAAAAGGCACUAAGUGCCGUUUCGGGCCUUUACCCUUGCUUGGAGUGUUUGUCAAGCGUGGCUGCAGGCGUUGUGGCUUUGCAGAAAGAGUCGGGCUGUGAAAAAGCCGCGAUACAAUUCAAGAAAAAACUAGAAGAGCUGAAGGAGCAUAUAGACAAAGUUGCAUGCAUCUGGGAUGCUGGGGCCCAGGGCAUUGGGUUGGGGCCUGCUAAUUCGGGAUACAUUUCGAUGUUUCGGGUUCUGCAGAUGUUCUAUGCAGGGUGCCCUGAAGUGGCAGAAGAGCUGCAGAUUGAAGGAAAGCGCCUUCUGCUCCCGAAAAGCGUAUGCACAAGCACAUUUCAAGAGGACAGAAAAGCCGGCGAAAUGCGAUAUGUGCAGAUAGAACAAGGGCAAGCCGAUAUGCGUGUGGGCGCAUCUGGGCACACCGCGCUUUUUCUGCAGAGCGUGUACUAUGUGGACGGCGAGGAGCAGGCGCGGCGCCCUGUUCUGAUCCCGCAGAGCCCGCUCAAAAUGUACUGCGCCGAGAUAGUACAGUACAUUGCAGACCUGCACGGAAAGCCGAAGGACCAAAUACACGUUUUUUCGCUCAGCCUCAGCACGCGCGCGCUAACCUGCAGGGAUCCAGAAAGCACAGCGUAUGCUGGCAUAGACAGCAGCAGCUCCGAGAUUCUUGUCUUCUACUACAUACCGGAAAGCACGGCCGCAGACCCAAAUCUUAGAGUUGUUGAGUUAAGACCGUCUGAAACGAAAGUCUCCGCCUCCGGCCGGGAGGCUAUAUAUCUUCCGCUGUUUCUCAGCAAUUUAAUGUAUGAGUCAAUAUUCAUGAACGCCCAAGAGAUGUAUGAGAAGAGAGGCGGCGCGUGCGGGCAUAAAGUUGUCGAAAGUGUGCACACCUUGUCAAACGAAGUCCCGCAUGUGUUUUUCCUAAGAAAUCGCAAGCUUCAGAACUACUAUCCAUGGACUGAGAUUUGUCUAGACCAAACAGACACUCUGGGCCUAGACAUGUGCUAUGCGGGCUUCUCUGCUACGUCUUCCAGCAGCCCCGGCCCAGAGGGCUGCUGCACAAUCACAUACAAAUCUCGAAGCAUUGAGAAAGAAGAGUGCCACACAGUUUUUAUUGCCGCAUCCACAUAUAACUUGCUGGAAAAGAGGGCGGGCGGGGUGGCAGAUGGGGGGACGGCCAGCCCCGCGUCUGUUCUGUUUUACACGGAAAAGACAUACGAGUUGCAUGCUCCAGAAACGGGAACAAAACAGUACGACCCCAGCUACUCCAUGAAACUGCAGGAAAUGUAUGAUAUGCAUGGGGCAAAGGCGCUUAAGAAUUUGUUUUGGCGUGUGUCGAGGGAUGCGGCAGGCAAUGCCUACCUGACCCCCCAAGGGUCUCUGCAGUGCGCCCACCUCGGCUUGCGUGGCAGAAUUUUGCAGGCCUUGAUGGGGUAG